GGGCUAGGUAGGACUCUCCGGGUGGUGAGGCCGCUCUGCCUCCACCAACAUGGCGGCUGCAGCUGUCCGGCUACUACUAAUGGCUGGGCUCGGGGUGUCACCGACGUUGUCUGCGUUAAGCGAGGAGGCCCAGGUGGAGGGUGCUGUGUUGUCGAUGAGCGACGGAGUGAUACGGGCUCAGCCUGGAUCUUUCUUACGACUGCGACUGUACGGUUCAGGUCUGAGUAAUGACACCUGGCCCUGGGUCUCUGCAGGGGCCCCUGAGGGCCACUCCUGUUUCCCCGAGCCUGAUUCCCCUGUGCGGCUCCUGCAGGAGUUCUGUGUAUACAGUGAAGAGUCUGGCACUGUAACCGUGCAGGCCCUGGACAGGGGCACAGGGAAAAGCGGCCUCAUGCACUCUGUUGGUACUUGCAAUGGGGGCAGCCUGCUUACUGUGCUGGGCAGAGGGGAAGAGGAGUCACCCCAGACUGAAAAAGACCCCCAGCAUCAGUGUGGACCUCCUCAAUCCAGGAGCCAGGAACCCCCCACUUUUAGAAAUGACCCCUCUAUUUCAAUACAGGAUGCCACAGCCCAGCAGGCAUUGGCACCUUGGCUAGUGGCUUUUCUUAUUGUUCUCUUUGUACUUCUCUCUGGGGUGCUUCGUGGUCUACAGGUUAGCACCCUGACUCUUGAGCCCCCAGAACUUGGCAUCUUACGGGAUUGGGGGACUCCCUCCGAGAGGUUCACCGCCACUCGCUUAGACCACCUUCGUACACGAUGGGGCAGUUACACUCUUAUUUCUUUGCUCACUCUCUGCUGUCUUGCCAACUCGGCCACUGCUGUCCUGCUAUAUCAUGUGACGGGGUCGAUAGUUGCUGCAAUAUUUUCAGCAGCCGGCCUGAUUUUGUUGGCUGGCGAGGCCCUUCCAGCAGCAAUCUGUUCCCGCUGGGGUCCAUGGCUGGCAUCCAAGAGCCUGUGGCUAACCCACUUUUUCUUACUGAUUAUCACACCUGUAUCUUUUCCAUUUUCAUGGCUUCUAGAGUUAACUUUUGGGCAGGAUCCCAGUUGCUGCCGUCUCAGACUUCGGAUUCUGGAAAUGGCACGGUGUGGGGACCCCUACAGCGAACUUGUUAGGGACGAAUUCAGUAAGGGAGCUUUGAGGAGCAGGACAGUGGAAGAUAUAUUGACUCCUGUAAGCGAUUGCUUCAUGCUUCCCAGUGAUGCCCUUCUGGAUUUUACUACUAUGUCCAGCAUUAUGGAGAGCGGCUACACCCGUAUACCUGUGUACGAGAAUGAGAGAUCCAACAUCGUCGACAUUCUCUAUGUGAAGGACCUGGCUUUUGUGGACCCAGAUGACUGCACUCCUCUAAGCACCAUCACUCGCUUCUACAGCCACCCUGUCCACUUUGUAUUCAGUGACACAAAGUUGGAUGCUGUGCUGGAGGAGUUUAAAAAGGGCAAAUCCCACUUGGCCAUUGUACAAAAGGUGAACAAUGAAGGAGAGGGGGAUCCAUUCUACGAGGUGAUGGGACUGGUAACACUGGAAGAUGUCAUAGAAGAAAUAAUAAAAUCUGAAAUUCUGGAUGAGUCUGAAGAUUGCAAGCGCAAGGUAAAAAAGAAACGCCCACCCGUAGAACUUGUCUCAAUUCAACGUGGAGGAGAGGACCUCUCUUUCUUCAAAGCCUGUGAUGCAGAGCAGAAAGUGAAGAUCUCUCCCCAGCUCCUACUGGCAACCCAGCGCUUUCUGUCUCAAGAGGUGGAUCUAUUCAGUACAUCCCGGGUGUCAGAAAAGGUCCUACUGAACCUGCUAAAGCUCCCAGGUAUCACUCAAGAGGUGAAGUUUGAUGACAGUGAUCAUUUCUCACCAGAGCAUUACCUGUACCUGCGCAGCCAGCCUGUGGACUACUUUGUUCUCAUCCUGCAGGGACGAGUGCAAGUGGAAAUUGGGAAGGAAGGUUUGAAAUUUGAGAAUGGAGCAUUCACUUACUAUGGUGUUGCUGCAUUGAGCAUCAACCUCUUAGGUCACAACUCUGCCAGUGGAUGUGAGCAGAGCGAUUCCGAUACAGGCCUGUACUGUCCGGAUUACACUGUACGAGCAAUGUCCGAUUUGCAGAUUGUGAAGGUUUCACGGCUCCAAUAUUUGAAUGCCCUGAGGUCAUCAAGUUCACACACAAACCCCCAGUCUCCAGACAGUAUAGAGCUGAAGAUCCUUCCUAACAGCCAAACACAGCUAUUAAACAGCAGGAAUACAGACUCAGGAACGAAGAAGGAAAGUGUGACAGAUACAACAGAUCUUAAUCAUGGCAUGCAGAGUAUGAAGGAGGGAUUAUCUCCUUAACUUACUGCAAGGGAGCAUGGGAUAUUCCCCUACCUUAGAAGACUUGUUACAAGUGGGCAGAUGUUUUUUUUUCUCUCCAUCUUCGUGCCUCAAUUUCAAUGCCCUCCUAGCAGUGCCAUUCCAUUGUGCAAUUUUAUACUUUUUUUUUUUUUUUUUUUACAUGUAUUAUUUGAAGAAGCUGUC